AGCGACUUGUUUGUCACUUCACUGCAGGGAAGAAGUUCUUGUUUCAGCAGUGUUUGAACGGAACCAUCUUUCUGUGCUGUUUAAGCAAAAGUAGAAGAAACACCAGCUGAAAUGGACUCCCAGGUGCGUCACAACUACCACUGUGACUGUGAGGCCGCCAUCAACCGGAUGGUCAACAUGGAGCUUUAUGCCUCCUACACCUACACUUCCAUGAGCUCUUUCUUCUCCCGUGAUGAUGUGGCCCUCCCAGGCUUUGCUCAUUACUUCAAGGAGUGCAGUGAUGAGGAGAGGGAGCACGCUGAGAAGCUGCUGUCCUUCCAGAACAAGAGAGGAGGACGCAACUUCUUCCAGGAUGUCAAGAAACCAGAGCGUGACGAGUGGGGGGGUGGGCUGGAGGCCAUGCAGUGUGCCCUGCAGCUGGAGAAGAAGGUCAACCAGACUCUGCUGGACCUGCACAAGCUGGCUACUCAGCAUGCAGACCCUCAUCUGUGUGACUUCCUGGAGAGCCACUACCUGAAUGACCAGGUGGAGCACAUGAAGAAGCUGGGUGACUACAUCACCAAUCUCAGCAAAAUGGAUGCUGCCAACAACAAGCUGGCAGAGUACCUGUUUGACAAGCACACCCUGGAGGGCAAGAGCUAAACACACAGGCCCAGGAACGAGCUUGGUGUCCGUUGUGGUGACCUACAGACUUCAGUUUAUUCACUGAGCUUAACUUGUAACUUCUCCUACUCUGUGGUGGAGCUUUAAAUGUAUGGAAGAAUGUCUACAGCUGUUAACUACCUCUGACUUUCUGGUGUCAGUGUGAAUAAACAUUUUGAGCCGGUU